AUGCCAGGCAAAAGUAAGACUGCCCUCUCCGAAUCCACCCAUUCAUCUCACAAGGACACUCCAAAUCAAGAUUCUAAUCUUGAAAAGCUGAGCAAGGAAGCUCAAGCAUCUCAAUCUACAGAUACUCAGAAGAGUACUCGAAAUCUAACCCCUCAUUCCGGCAAGCUGAGCAAUGAAGCUCAAGCAUCUCAAUCUACUCUCCAUUCGUUCUUGAAGAAAACACAAGAUCGACGAAAGUCGUUGGCAUCACAAGCCGACUUGACCGAUCCAAAUAAAUCGGAUUCCAAUACCUCUUCUCACGGCUCUACUUUCUCGGGCAGACGCAGGAUGCGAAAGUCUCUGCCAGCCAAAACGAACGGCUCUGUGAACCAAGAUUCCAAGCCUCAGCUUACUGCUUCUUCUUCGCGUGCGUCAACCCCGCGGUCCACCAAGGCCGACUGUAAGCCGAAGAGAAAUUCUCAGCAGAAUUCAAAUACCUCUUCCACCAUGCUUUCCACUCCCCUUGCUGUGUCUCAGGCCACUCCUGCCCCCAGCUCCGCCGCAAAGGUGGGCAAAGACAAGCCCGUCACUCCCGCCCCGUCACGUGGCUUCACCCCCAUCAAUUCUUCCACUCGCCGCACCCGCAAGUCGGUCGCGGAUCUUGCCAGCCAGAUGCAUGACCAGUCUGUCCCCUCUGGCGAUGCCAUGGACAUUGAUUCCGCUCCCUCUGGCGUUGAAAUCUCUGUCAAGGGCAGCUCUCGUGCCAACAAGCGCCCAAUGAGCAACACCAUCACUUUGAACGUGGGUCGCAAGGCGCUGGAGUCGGUUUUGCCGGUUGCGCUGGACACUCCUGAACAUUCCUACGACCAUGAGAUCGCUGAAAGCGUUGAGGGCACCCCUGUGCGUGUCUACGGAGAUAGCUUCAGCGACAACUACCAUUUCGAUUACACCGCUGAAAUGUAUGGUCAUAACUUUGGUCUUAACGGUCAAGUCGACGGACCCACCUCGCCCACCAGUCUUGCAACGAGCACUUCUACCGGUGCGCGUACUUCAGGACGCACCAGAAAGCCCACUGUCCGGGCCAUGGAAUCGAUGGAAUAUGAGCGUCGCUUCCAGCGCAAGAGAACCAGGACUCCUGCCGCUAAGGAGGAGACCACCGCUAACGGCAAUGAUGCUGAUAUGACUGACGCCGAUGCCAAACCAACCGAUGACCCUACUGAGAAGGGAGAUGGCCAUCCGAACAAGAAGAGAAAGAGGAAGCACGCUACCCAGGAGGAAGCGGCCUUGCCCGAAAUUGCCUUUGCCUCAUCCCAUCCUACCCCAGCACCUUCUGCUGGAGCCCGUUCUGUUGUAUCCCCUUCUCUUUCCACUCGUCCCCCUUCAACAAAUUCCACCUCAAUCCCUGCACCAACCCACUCCGCUCCUGCUCGUCCGGCUUCAACAGCCUCCUCGCCGAACCAUUCCGCCAUGGCCCCCUAUACGCCAACCCCCCCGGCCCAGGCAACCCACACUCCAUUGCCUUAUGCACCGGUCGCCAUGACCAAUUUGUCGACCGAGAGGGUCGACACCCUCAUGCGACUCAUCAGCGUCGCUGAUGAUGUCUUGGUUGCACACCCAGACGCCCAAGAACCCGAAGACGCCAAGUUCCUCGAGGAGAUGCGCAACUCCUUCCUCCAAGCGCAUGACCUCAACUCCUCGGGGAACCUUUCGGGUUCUGUCGAGCCGUUUCCUUGCGAGGAAAAGGCCGAGGCCGAAACGGCCACCAAGCCCAAGGCCACCAAGCCCAAACCGGCCCGAGCCAGGGCCGGUAAGGCCAAAUCUCGCAAGGCGAAGGCUCGACGGGUCAAGCCAACCAAGACGUCAUCGGCGGCGCCGGCAGGGGGGGUAAAGGCCAAAAAGGAGGAAGCAAUCAAGGGGGCCAACAGUAUGCAUCUCCAAUCCCUGUCUACUAAACUACAAGCUAACGAAGAUGGUUGGAUUGACACAGGCCAAACCAAUGAGUUCGGCGAGGAGGUGGUGGUAGUCUCCACAGGCUACCACUGGUAUCGCCCCAACAACACCUAUGGGGACAGGGGGCUCCCUCAGCCCCCCCUGCGAUUGAAGUCGGACGAGCAGGCGGAGAGGGAUCGGAUCUUCGGGUUCCCUCCUCGCAUGGGGGAACGUAAUCUCCCCCGUGCCUUCAGCGCGCCUUUCGCCGUCGAAAACAUCGACGAAGAAAAAGCCAAAAUCAAGGCGCGCGAAGAGGCUCGGCUGCGGCACAUCCCCGUGGACCGCCACAUGUCCACGGGGGAAAUUCGGGGGCUCAUUGAGCAGUACGACGCGGCCGGUGCUCCGAACCCACUCAACGAAAAAGCCACCAGGUCCUCUCGCAAGAGAAGACACGUUGAAGGGUUCGGGGCGCCGGUCGACAGCCCCCAGCGCCGUAGUCGGGUCGGGGGAGGGAACUCGGAGGUCCAGGUUGGGCCUGAGCCGGCCGCCACUCCCACUGGGCCGACCAGGCCCAACCUCAUCCUCAAGAUGCCGCCUCGCCCGGCUGCCCACGACGCCAAAACCGAAACCAAAAAGCGUCCCUCCGAGGAGGCUAGUGGGCAGCCGGGCAAGGCUAACAAAAGGCAGAAGGUCCGUCAAGAGGCCUCCGGCGGCGAAGGACAGGGUCAAACCACCGAGCUCACGCGGCUGACCCUGUCCUUCAAAAACAAGCACAAGCAGCAGCCGAAGCUCAAGCUUCGGCAGCCUGCCACCCCCAAGCAACCUGACACCAGCGAGGGGGUGGCAGAAGCCGCCACUCCGGAGAACCCUCCACAUGCCUCUCCUAGGCAGGGAUCAUCAUCUCGUCCUCGCCGCCGCGCGGCGGCAGCCUUAAUGGCUGAGUUCGAGAACCAUGCCCAGGAGAGGGCCCGCCGUGCUAAUGCACGCAAGAAGCGGGCGGAGGGGACUCCGGAGGAGGCCCAGUGA